CAAAACGGAGGCUACUAAGUUUUUCCUUUAAAAAAAAAAAAGGGAUGAGAAUCUCGUUCGGUGUUGCCCAGUCCCAGCCUAAGGAGUGUUGGCAAAGUGGGGAAGGGGGAAGGGAGAGGGGGCAGGGAGGGCAGGGCAGCAAGAGCCGCAGGGUCCCGCGGACGCUCCCAGGCCCACGCCCUCACGCGCUCACAACCACCCUCCAGCACUCACACCCACAGGCUCCCUCGACCCCUGAGCAAGGCUCCAGCCUAGGCUGGGGUCCAGGGUGGGCCAGGACGCCCUCGGAGCCCUCGGGAUGCUGGCGCACCGUGCGGCGCUGAGUUGCGCGUCCCUCGUCCCUUUGUUGACAAUUCCCUGAACCAACUUGAGUUUGGCCGGCUCCACCGCGGCCCUGACGUCACGCGCGGUCACGUGGCCCCGCCUCCCGCUGGAUCUUUAAGUAGAAAGUAAUCUAUCAGGCCAGUCCUUAAAACGGGACUUUCGACUACGGGGGCUCGGCGUCCCUGACACCCCCCUCCCCCUGUUGCCCCUGUCCGGGCCCUCCCGAGCUGUUGGGCGCCCGGCGUCCCGCGCCCGCCUGCGCCGCUCUUGCUCUCCACGCCCGGGCCAGAGGCCGAGGAAGGCGGGCGAAGUGAGGGGGCGCGGCGUGGAGAAGCCGCCGUGGCCCGGAGCGGCAUCGAGCGCCUAGUACCGAGAGCCAGGGACAGCAGGAGUUUGAAGAGCGCGGCCGCGGGGGGCGGACGGCAGCGCCCGCGCCGCGCGAUGCCGGGCUGCUAACUGUGAGCCAAGCCGGGAGGGCCCCGAACCACCUACGUCCCCCUCCCCUCUCCCAUCUUUCCGGAGCACCCAAGCCCCCUUCCCCUGAGCUCGGCGGCAGCCCCUGACGACUCCCAUCGCCCGCCGCUCCUUCCCCGCCGCCGCCACCAACCCCGAGGAGGGAUGACCCUCUCCGGCGGCGGCAGCGCCAGCGACAUGUCCGGCCAGACGGUGCUGACGGCCGAGGACGUGGACAUCGAUGUGGUGGGCGAGGGCGACGACGGGCUCGAGGAGAAGGACAGCGACGCGGGCUGCGAUAGCCCCGUGGGGCCGCCGGAGCUGCGCCUGGACGAGGCGGACGAGGUGACGCCAGCGGUACCCCACCACGGGCAGCCUCAGCCUCCGCACCAGCAGCCCCUGGCAUUGCCCAAAGAGGCGACUGGAACCGGGGCUGGGCCAGGGGGCGAGGCGGGCGCUUCCGAAGCUGACGGCUGCAAGGGUGGCGUUGGCAGCGAGGAGGGCGGUGGGAGCGGCGGCGGGCCCGGCUCGGGCAGCGGUGCGGCGGGAGGCCUGGCCCCCAGCAAGCCCAAGAACAGCCUGGUGAAGCCGCCCUACUCGUACAUCGCGCUCAUCACUAUGGCUAUCCUGCAGAGUCCGCAGAAGAAGCUGACCCUGAGCGGCAUCUGCGAGUUCAUUAGCAACCGUUUCCCCUACUACCGGGAGAAGUUCCCCGCUUGGCAGAACAGUAUCCGCCACAACCUCUCGCUCAACGACUGCUUUGUCAAGAUCCCCCGCGAGCCGGGCAACCCGGGCAAGGGCAACUACUGGACCCUGGACCCGCAGUCCGAGGACAUGUUCGACAACGGCAGCUUCCUGCGGCGCCGGAAACGCUUCAAGCGCCACCAGCAGGAGCACCUGCGCGAGCAGACGGCGCUCAUGAUGCAGAGCUUCGGCGCUUAUAGCCUGGCGGCGGCAGCAGGAGCCGCGGGGCCCUACGGCCGCCCCUACGGCCUGCACCCCGCGGCCGCGGCUGGUGCCUACUCUCACCCGGCUGCUGCGGCGGCAGCGGCAGCGGCCGCGGCGCUCCAGUACCCAUACGCGUUGCCGCCAGUGGCACCCGUGCUGCCGCCUGCCGUGCCGCUGCUGCCCUCGGGCGAGCUGGGCCGCAAAGCGGCUGCCUUCGGCUCGCAGCUCGGCCCGGGCCUGCAGCUGCAGCUCAACAGCCUGGGCGCUGCGGCGGCCGCCGCGGGCACGGCGGGCGCUGCGGGCACCACGGCGUCACUGAUCAAGUCCGAGCCGAGCGCGCGGCCGUCGUUCAGCAUCGAAAACAUCAUUGGCGGGGGCCCGGCGGCGCCCGGGGGCUCGGCGGCGGGCGCUGGGGGCGCCGGGGUAACUGGGGGCACUGGGGGCGGUGGGGGCGGCAGCGCAGCACAGUCCUUCCUGAGGCCGCCCGGGACCGUGCAGUCCGCGGCGCUCAUGGCCACGCACCAGCCGCUGUCGCUGAGCCGGACGACGGCCACCAUCGCACCCAUCCUGAGCGUGCCGCUCUCUGGACAGUUCCUGCAGCCAGCAGCCUCGGCCGCGGCUGCUGCCGCCGCUGCAGCGCAAGCCAAAUGGCCCGCUCAAUAGGGACGUGCCGGUGGCUGGGACCGAGGGCCGGGCGGCUGCCCGGGGCGGUGGCUGCACUUCUAGUCUGCGCGCCCCGCCCCGGGCCCGGCCCCCCUGCCCAAUCCCGGACUCUGCCUCU